UCUUUUGUUUUUGUGGUUCGUCACUUCCGGGUGUGCGAUGGCAUGACCAUAGAGUAGACAGUAGUGGGUCAAGAAAAUCCUGCUGAUUCUGUGAUGGGGGCAGACAGCGGUCCCGGAGCUCCUGCAGUCCCGUGGCGUAAAGUGCUGUAUGAACGCCAGCCUUUCCCAGACAAUUACGUGGACCGGCGUUUUCUGGAGGAGCUGCGGCGCAACAUCCGAGUCCGUCAGUACCGUUACUGGGCAGUAGUGCGUGAGACGGGGCUCAUCGCACAGCAGGUGUCCUGCGUGGCUGUCUUCCUCACAUUAUGGUCUUACAUGGAGCAGGGAGACCUGGAGCCAUCCCUGGUGUUGUGGGUCUGUCUGGGCUGUGCUCUGCUGGGCUACGGCCUCUACGAGAUCCUGGGAGGCGCUUGUGUUCGGGAGCGCACGCGACUGGCCGACCUGCAGAGCGCCACCAUCUUCCUGGCAUUUACCUUUGGGUUCUCACCCGUUUUAAAGACUCUGACCGAGUCUGUUAGUACAGAUACGGUGUACGCCAUGUCAGCCGUAAUGCUCCUGGCUCACCUGGUGUCUUUUCCAUAUGCUCAGCCCAGUCCGCCGGGCAGUCUUUCCCUCAACGCGGCUCUUUUCGGGUCGGUGUGCCUGGCGUCCCGGCUGCCUGGCGCCCUGCAUACCUUCACCAUGCUGAGCUGUGCCCUCCUGGUGUUCGCUCUCUGGCCCUGCCUGCUGCACCGCAUGCGGGACAAGGCGGAGUGGAGCUUCCCGUGGGCAGCGGUGCUGGUGUGUCUGGCUGGAGUCGGGGGUAUGGGGAGCCUGUGGCCCGAGGGGGCACUUCUUCUCUCUCUGGCACUGUUAACAUUAACGUUACUCUGUCCACUGUUAUUAGUCCUCCUGCAGAGGCACAAGGACAAUAUCCACGGUCCUUGGGACGAGGCAGAGAUCAGAGAGGACUUGUCCCGAUUCCUGAAUUGAAACUGCCUACAGGAUUUUAACACUGUUUUAAAUGCUUUUGAGAGUCUUUUGCACUUUGAUUAAAGGGAUAUUUUAUCCCAAUAUGAACUCGUUUACUCUUGUCGAUCCAAAUCUGUAUGACUUUCUUCUGUAGAACGCAAAACAAGAUAUUUUGAGUAUCUUUUAUGUUCCACAGAAGAAAAGUCACACAGGUUUUGACAUGAGGGUGAGUAAAUAAUGACAGAAUGUUUGUUUGUGGGUGAACUGUCCCUUUAAGCUCAGGGAUGAAAAAGAACUGUUACUGAGAAACUACAUCUCAUUUUGCCAAUAUAAAACGUAACUAUUAAAUGAGUGAACCUCAUUAAAACAUAUCCAGGUCACAUUUAGCACCGACUUGAAAAGAAAAAUCAAAUAUGAAUUUAUGUUUUACUUAAAGUCUAACACAAAUAGCUAAUUCCCGCACGCUGCUAUAGCUCGCAAAUCGUAUUUUAAUGCAACGUUUCGGUCAUGCGACUUUCAUCGGUCAUUGUUUUGGUGCCUGGUGAAGAUCGCAUGAAUGAAAUGUUGCAUUAAAACACGAUUUGCAAGCUAUAGCAGUGUUCUUCUAUUUAUUCCUAUGCA